GAACAGAGUGGAAGAAAUUAUAUAAAAGUUCUAGAUUCCUAGAGGAGUAAUAAUAUAUAAUCUAAUUCGCUGCGCCGUCUGGGACUUGGUGAUCUCAACUCCUUACCUUGUAAAGUACUUCGAAAUAUGAAAAUGGGCUCUCGCUGCUUCCUAGUUCCUACAAACUUGCAAAAACGUUUCCAAGAAACAUUGCGUCCUUCCAUGAGUCCCUAUAAACAAAAGCUAAAAAUAGGCUGUAAAAGGAAACAAGAAUAUUGAAGAAAACUGUUGAAAUUCCACGAAUUUUUCCACCAUAAAAUAUUCCAGCAUGAAAAUAUGUGGUGAUCAUUUUGAAAAAUCCUCCUUCACGUAUUUGGAAAAAAAACCCUGGAAAACUACUGUUGAUGUGCCAACACUUUUACAAUUUGCAAUGAAAGGUGCUGUUUGCAAUGAGAAAAGUGCAUUGGUGGUAUUAGGAAAAGCUUAUUCUACAAUCAAGGCAAGGGAUCUGAAAAAAUCAGGAGCGAAAAGCGCAGAGAUAAUAGCAGAGCCACGUAAUGACCAAAUAUAAGGUCAAGUGAUGCAGUGCAAUGUAGCCCAACAGAUUAAUCAAAUCAAGUUAAUUCAAAUUAACACCCAAGAUAGUUUGAUGGAUAUACAUUAUCUUAUUUUUGAAAAGGACCAAAUUCUACUGUACAAGUAGGCUAGUAUUUUUUUUUUUCUUAAGCGGGUUCAGCAGCAGCUUAUCUGUCGGGCCGGAGAAAAUAUCAGUUCAAAGAACAGCAUUAACUUUUACAGCUGGAACAGGUAUCUGUCUCCAGUUUUUUUCAACUUCAGCUGAAGAUCGCAGUUAAAUUUCGGAAGCAGUAGCUUCAGUCGCCAAAAUGGAGGUUUGGCAGACUGAGUUAAAAGAAAAAUAUCUUGCGCAUUUAGCUAUCAAGAUCGCCAAGAGCAGAAAGAUCGCCAAUUCUUUGGAAAGCAGAACAUUGAAGCCAGAAAUCAAGAUACUUGUAAACCAAGUAAAUAAGUUGUAAAUUUUAGACUCGUUCUAUUUUUGGUUUUCUUUAAUACUUUGGAUGCGACAACUAUGGUAGAGAGGGAACCGGAAAACCCAACAAAAACUUGUAAAGAAUUUGGCCUAUUAAUAUCAACGUAAAAGCUCAUGAGAAAUCUUAGGCGCAACGUUGAGCAAAAGGACAAAUCUUACGCAAGUCUUCUGAAUACCACAGGGGUUGUGUUGUGUGAUCGAAGAAAAAAGGAUAAAAGAGUUAAACGCUUGCUAUGAUAUUUGAAUCUUCAUGCUUCUUCAUCCUGAUCACAAACCAAUAGUCAUCAUUUAGCUGUUAAAUUUUCAACCAACUCAAGUCACAUAGAGUCAAGCGUCUGUGAGGAAUUGCAUCACUUUACACGUUAAAAGCUCCUAAAUUCAUCUGUUUAUUUGUUACCAAGGGACACUUUAUCGAAUCGUAAUACGAUCACAAACCAUGCAGAGAAGGCCAUUGAAGAGGAACUUCUUUCGCUCCAAGAACUCGAUGGGCCCAAAUGAGCGCGGAUCUCACCAAUUGCAGAUGCAAAGCCAAAUUUAGAGCAAUAACUGAGAAAGCGUCCGACGAAAACGAAUCAAAGAUACAAUUGAAAUGUUUGUGGAUUGCGAGCUAACCGCUUGGAGCGCUAGCCGCAUUUCAGCCCACGAUUCCCUACCCUAUAUACAUUAAGUAAUACGUACCAAAAAAUGAAAUUCUUAUCUAACAGCAAGACGUCUGAAGAUUAGUAUGGCUACUUGAUUAGUUAACAUAAAGCUGACAAAACUUUGCAAGUUUUUAACGAGAUAAAUCCAGUUGAUUCUUGCCUAAUUUAUCUACGGGCCUCUUGGCGAAAAAUAGUUUCUCUCCUUUCAUUGGCAGGCUGGUACGCACGGUCACGUUUUCAUCAUUUGAUAGUGCAGCCAUGCUAGAAAGGUUACAAGGAUUCUAUUUGUUCAAUUAUGGAGUUCAGUUCACUGGGAAUUCUGGUGCGUACCAUGGCUUACAAUUACGAAUAGCACCGUAAGCCCUUCGUCAAUCACCAUCGGCGCAUAAACGCAGUCAAACAACACAAUUUUUACUGACAUUCCAUUUUAAAACAUGGCCCAACUUUUGAAGCUUUCGUUUGAAGUCGCUGGAAAAUAUUCGUCUUCUCUGCUUAACGCAAGAUCAGUUCUGGUUAGGAAUCGAAAUUUUUGGUGCACCAUUGAAAAACACGGGAGUGCCAGUUGCUUCGGAACAGACCAAGUCAGAUCGAAACUUGAACCCACGGUUGCAAUGGAUUCGCCCACAGCCAGCCAAUGCAGUUUUCCCGAUCUCCGAGAUGUAUUUCCGGGCUGCUCCAGUUACGAGGACCUUUACAACUUGAGCAUUAAAGAGACGAACCUGUUCUGGGGUACGCUAGCUCGCAUGAGCCUUCGCUGGAAUCGUGACUUUGAACAUGUUUCGAAUUGUAACAUGGAAUCGGGCCUAUUUCGGUGGUUUUUGGGUGGCAAAUUAAAUGUCUCAGUGAAUUGUGUUGAUCGACACAAGGAAAAGGAUCCCGACCGAGUGGCGCUAAUUUGGGAAAAGGAUGAACCAGGCCAAGAGGAGCGUAUCACCUAUGGACAGCUGUACACAAUGAUGAACCAAGUUGCCAACGUUCUUAAAACUCACGGGGUGAAAAAAGGUGACCGUGUAGCAAUUUACAUGCCUGCUUGUCCACUCGCCGUUGCCUCCAUGCUCGCCUGUGCUCGGAUUGGGGCCGUCCAUUCUGUCGUGUUCGCUGGAUUCAGUGCCGAAGCCUUGGCGAGUCGUAUCAAUGACGCUGAAGCCACAGUGGUUAUUACUGCUGACCAAGGAGUAAGAGGAGGAAAACUAAUUGAGUUGAAGAAGACGGUUGUAGCUGCGGUUGGUAAUUGUCCCAGUGUCAAAGCCAUUUUUGUGGCCAAAAGAACAGGAAGCUUAGUCGUUUCAUCUACUCUUGAUGUCGACCUUGAUGAGGCAAUGGCUAAGGAGAGUGGUGAAUGUGAACCAGCCGUCAUGGACAGUGAAGAUUUACUUUUCAUGCUGUACACAUCUGGCAGCACAGGAAAUCCUAAAGGAGUGGUUCAUUCUCAAGCCGGUUAUCUUCUUUAUGCCUCAUUGACACAGAGGCUAGUCUUUGAUUGCAAAGAAGGUGACAUUUUUGGUUGUGUUGCUGACAUUGGAUGGAUAACAGGUCACUCUUACGUCGUGUAUGGACCCUUGGCUAAUGGUGUAACCACUGUUCUCUUCGAGAGCACACCAACCUAUCCCGAUCCAGGUCGAUACUGGGAGACUGUUCAGCGUUUAAAAAUCAAUCAAUUCUAUGCGGCUCCAACAGCCAUACGGUUGCUACUUAAGCACGGUGACGAACAUGUCGAAAAGUAUGAUUUGGGUUCACUUCGCACUCUCGGUUCUGUGGGUGAACCCAUAAACGUAGAGGCCUGGCAAUGGUACAACAAAGUUGUGGGCAAGGAGAAAUGCGUUGUUGUUGACACUUGGUGGCAGACGGAGACGGGAGGGAUUUGUAUAAGUCCAAGACCAUCAGCGCCCGAUGCCGAAAUUCAUCCUGGUAUGCCCAUGCGGCCAAUGUACGGAAUCUGGCCUGUUAUUGUCGGAGAAAAAGGCGAAGAAUUAAAAGGCAACGAUGUUACGGGUGCCUUGUGCUUAAAAAAACCUUGGCCAGGGAUGGCACGAACCAUUUAUGGAGCGCAUUCCCGCUUUCUGGAAACGUAUUAUCAACCUUUCCGUGGUUUUUAUUUCACUGGUGAUGGUGCCAUUCGACACAAAAAUGGCUACUAUCAAAUCACUGGAAGGAUGGAUGAUGUCAUUAACGUUACUGGACAUCGACUAGGAACUGCUGAAGUAGAAAAUGCCCUGGGACAACAUCCCUCGGUGGCGGAGUCAGCCGUUGUAGGAUAUCCCUGCAAUGACAAAGGAGAAGGUAUUUAUGCUUACGUAACACUUAAGGAUGGCUUUCUUGCGGGUGUCAAAAUGGAAACUGAAUUAAGAGGAAUUGUCCGGCAGAAAAUUGCUGCUUACGCAGUUCCGGACGUUAUUCAGAUUUGUGCUGGUUUACCCAAGACAAGAUCGGGCAAGAUCAUGCGUCGAAUUCUACGUAAAGUUGCGGCUGAUCAGACAGAAAAUUUGGGUGACAUUUCGACAUUAGCUGAUCCCGCUGUUGUCAAGGAUCUUAUAGCAAACCAUCAAACUAUCAAGAAUGCGGGAAAAUAAGCCUAAAAAUGUCCUCUUUCUAUUGCUUGCUCACAAGCUGAUCCCCCCCAAAAGGGUCACCAAAAGCACAAAUUUAUCACCUGAAAGCAAAUGCGUGUUUUUGAGAAACUGACUUCCAUUGCUUCUGCCAGCUUUCAAAGUUUUUACGUGUAAAAAUAAAAGCAAAGGAAAAUAAACAACAUAAAUUACA